AUGCGUCUUCCAUACGCCCCAUCCACUCCACCGGCCGAUGCGCCCACCGAGACCACCGACAUUUAUGCGCGCAUCGCGGAACGCAGACAUCCUCGCCCAUUGAUUCCUCUUGACCUGUCUCUACUUCAUAGCCCACCUGUCGCAGAUGGUUGGAAUAGUUUCAUCGGAGCUAUCCGGUCGCGCACUCUGGUCGACUCGGGCGUCAUGGAGCUGGCCGUCUGCCGCGUUGCUGUACUCAACAAUGCUAUCUAUGAGUGGAACGCACAUGCCCCUUUGGCUCUGAAGGGUGGCAUCUCGCCCGAUCAAUUAAAGGCCGUUCGCUCUCUACCUUCUACCGCCGAGGGGGAUAUCGCCGAGCUUGAGAGUAGUGCGCUCACCCCACGGCAACGCGCAGUUCUACGUUACACCGACCAGAUGACUCGCACAAUCACGGUCCAAGAUGCGGUUUUUGCGGAAUUGAAAUCGGUCGGGUAUGACGAUCGUGAGAUUGUGGAACUCACUACCGGCAUUGCCGGUUAUAACUGCGUGAGUCGGUUCUUGGUUGCGCUGGACGUCGGCGAGAACAAUGCGCGCGAGAUGAAGAGCGUGGAUGAGCUUGUCGCAGCUUUACAGUAG